AUGUAAUAGUAAAUUUUAUCAGUUAGGUAGACAAGAUGAAAAGACCCAAGAGGUAAAUGCAAAUCAAUUUUCUUUAUUGAAAAUUAUAUAUGAUAAUUCACCAGUAACUGUAUUAAAGUCUGCAAAUCAGAAUACUUCUACUAUUACACCAAAUAAUGUGUUAGAAUUUACAAAUAAUUUGAGACAAGAAAUUAGUUUAACUUCACCAAAUUCUUUUUUGAAAAUAAUGACAAUGUAA